AUUACUAUUGACGGCCUAUUGAUAAAUUUAAAAUUCAUUCGAGAGUAUUUUGAAUAUGGAAACUAUACUGGAACAGCAAAGGAGUUACCAUGAAGAGAGAGAACGUACCAUGGACGCAAUGGUGAAGGAGAUUUUGCAUAAAAAGACGGGACACCGUGAAACGAUUAACGCUGAUCAUCGUCUAAAAAAUCUACAUGAAAGGUAUAUAGAAUCGACUAUAAGACUUAAGGAGCUGUAUGAAGAUAAAGAUGGAUUGCGAAAAGAGGAAAUUGCGGCUUUAUCCGGCCCUAACGAGUUUCAGGAGUUUUAUGCGAGACUUAAACAAAUUAAAGAAUUUCACAGAAAACAUCCUAAUGAAAUAUGUGUGCCAAUGUCAGUUGAGUUUGAAGAACUAGCUAAAAUAAGAGAGAAUCCUGCAGAGGACUAUACAACCCCUGUUGAAUUUACAGAUGAAGAGGGCUAUGGAAAAUAUUUAGAUCUUCAUGAAUGUUAUGAAAAAUAUAUAAAUUUAAAGGGUAUUGAGAAAGUGGACUAUAUUACUUAUUUAAGUAUAUUUGACCACUUGUUUGAUAUACCAAGAGAACGUAAAAACAGUGAAUACAGGAACUACAUAAGAGCUCUACUUACAUAUUUGAAGGAUUUUGUUAGUAGAAUUAAACCAUUGCUAGACCAAGCUCAGGAGAUGGCGAUUGCACAUCAAGAGUUUAUCAAACAAUGGGAAGCUGGGAGUUUUCCAGGAUGGCCUAAAGAGACUGGCGGAGCCCUAACAAAUGUUGGUGCUCAUUUAGAUUUAUCUGCCUUCUUCUCCUGGGAAGAAUUAGCUUCACUUGGUUUGGACAGAUUGAAGUCUGCUCUAAUGGCUCUUGGAUUGAAGUGUGGUGGAACUUUGGAAGAAAGAGCACAAAGAUUAUUCAGCACAAAAGGUCAAACGGCUUUAGACAAAUCUCUCGUGGCGAAGAAAGGGGCUAACAAGGCCAAGGCUUCGACUCUACAACGUCACAAAGAUAUUGCAGCUAUAGAGGGACAAGUUUAUAGAUUUGCUAACAUAGUGAGCGGUACUCGCGCUGCUACUAUUGAGAAUGUGACUCGGAGAGCAGCUCGUGCUGCGGGGGAGAGGCGUGACGAAAGUGAUGAAGAAAGUGACGCAUCUGUCGCCGCUGAUGCUGAUUCUGAUGAUGACGAAGUUCCAUACAAUCCGAAGAAUUUACCACUGGGCUGGGAUGGAAAACCUAUCCCAUACUGGUUAUACAAAUUGCACGGCUUGAACAUCAGUUACUCAUGCGAGAUUUGCGGUAACUACACAUAUAAAGGCCCUAAAGCGUUCCAACGUCAUUUUGCCGAAUGGCGUCAUGCGCACGGCAUGCGCUGUCUCGGGAUACCGAAUACAGCACAUUUUGCUAAUGUCACACAGAUUGAAGAUGCAUUAGCUUUAUGGGAAAAAAUAAAAAAUCAGAAAGAAAAUGAAAGAUUUGUAGCAGAAAAUGACGAAGAAUUUGAAGAUUCACAAGGAAAUGUUGUCAAUCGCAAAACUUUCGAGGAUCUUAAACGUCAAGGACUUCUUUAAAAUUGAAUUAUAUAUUAAUAUUUAGACUAUACCUUCUAAUUAAUAAUUAUACACUUCAUAAGGUUAUCAAAUAUUAUGCGUAAUAAAAA